UUUGUGGCCGAUUCAGUGUCAGGACAGUGCUGGCAGGCCGCGACCUACUCUGAAAGUGUGGUGUCUCCGGAGCUGAGGAGCAGCAGUAUUUUACGGGUCCCAGAUGUGUCGUCCCUGGCUCAGUGUGCUGGGGCCUGCUGUGAUCUCCCGGGCUGUGACCUGGCCUGGUUUUUUGAGCGCCGCUGCUAUGUGCUCAGUUGUCAGCGCAAAGAAAACUGCCAGCCGAAGCAGAGACCUGGUGCAGACUCUUACCUGGCCUUCCUACAACGUGGGCCCCCACAAACACUUGUCCUGCAGUCCCUGGUUCGAGGAGAGUCUUUCCCAAACCACUGGCAGCCUCUGGCCAGACACCGGGGCUCAGAGGAUCCCAUGAAGGAUCUCGCUCUGCUGGAAGGGAUUCAGGAUUUGGACAACCCUGAGGCUGAGUAUUCAGAGAGAAGUUUGGAAGACAAAAGGGCUGAAGACAUAGACAAAGCGGUAGAGCAAGAAGAGCAAACUGGGCUUUAUGAUUGGCCACCUGUUCAAGGAAAGGAGGAAUUCAACCAGUCAGAGAUGGAGAGAGGCGGUGAAAGAUUGACGACUGUUCAGGGCCCUGUUGAAAGUAGCACCUUUACCCCAAGUCAUUCUCCAGAAGUGAGAAAUGAAAGCAGAUCAACCAUUAUUGAAGCAAAAUCUAAUGUUACGGUACCAUCAACCACUGUAUUUGACCUUAAGGUUGAAGAAGAGCCACAGAACACAUCGUCUGUAACUACUGCACCUAAAGUCCUGGAAGACAUCAAUACAGAGCCCUCGAACUUCAGUGCAGUUAACGGUUCAUUCAUCACUCCAGCCAACACUGAGGCCACACCGCAGAUGACCUCAGAACAGCCAGUAAGAGCUCUGACUGUGUCCAUUGAAGGCCCUGUUGAAGCCACGCUUCCCCAAAACACUGUUGAACUAACAGCUUCAGUUAGUCCAGAUGACACUGCCGAAUCUCCUUACACAUAUGAGUGGACAUUUGUGACCUCACCAGAUGGACAACAUAGGGUGAUGGAGGGGCAGCACAACAAGUCUGUCAUACUUUCUGAACUUUCAGAGGGUGUUUACGCAGUCAGAGUGAUUGUGAAAGCACAUCAAGCGUAUGGAGAAGGUUCUGUGGAUUUGACAGUACACCCUGCAGAGAAAAUAAACAAGCCUCCUAAAGCCGUCACUCUUCCUAAGAGCCAAGAUGUAGUUCUCCAAGAAGAUUCGGUCUUCAUCAUUAACGGAAGUGAGAGUGUGGAUGAUGCAGGAAUUGUCCGUUAUCUAUGGGAGAAGGUGGAUGGCCCGUUUUGGACACCUGAAGGUCCUGUUGACAAACCUGUACUGCUGCUAAAAAACCUUUUACCUGGAGAAUACACCUUCAAGCUGACAGUGUCUGAUUCUGAGGGGUUGAGCGACUCCAGUACUGCCACCUUGAGGGUCAGCAGCCCAAAAGAUGAGCCUCCUCUAGCCAGAGCGGGCACAGACCGGAUCAUUACCCUGCCUCUCAACCACCUCACCCUGUGGGGAAACCAAAGCACAGAUGACCAAUCCAUUACAAACUACCUCUGGACACUCCAUCCCAGCAGCCCGACCCGAAAGGUCACCAUGCAGGAUGCGAGAUCAGCAUUUGUGCAGCUCUCUGAUCUCCAGGAGGGUCAGUACACAUUUCAGCUCACAGUCACUGAUUCCAGAGGUCAACAGGAUUCAGACACCAUCUCCGUCACUGUGCUGCCUGCAAACAGAGCACCAGUGGCUGUAACAGGACCUGACAUACAGCUACUUCUGCCGGUCAACAGCAUCACACUGAAUGGCAGCGGCAGCACUGAUGAUCAGGCCAUCAGCAGAUACCAGUGGGACGUGAUCAGUGGCCCUCCAGGCUUGAAGAUAAAAGAUUCCAAUAAAGCGGUUGCCAUCGCGACAGGCCUAAGAUCUGGGAUUUACAAGUUGAAGCUGACUGUGGUGGAUGAGCAGGGAGAAACAGACAGCGCACUCCUGAGCGUCACUGUUAAAGAAGCUAAAAGCCUGCCACUGGUGGCUCAUGCCAGCGGCAGCCACACACUCACUCUGCCCAACAGCUCUCUCAUGCUCAGAGGUUCAGUGUCCAACAGCGGACCAGCAAACGUGUCCUUUCUUUGGGUUAGAGAUGAACAGAGCCCUGCUGCUGGGGAUGUGUUGUAUGGUUCAGAUCACGAGGCUUCGCUUUACCUCGCCAACCUGGUAGAAGGAACAUACCUGUUCCAGCUGCGGGUCACUGAUGUCCAGGGCCGCUCAAGCACGGCUACAGCCACUGUGGAAGUACGACCUGAUCCGCGUGAGCGAGAGGAGGUAGAGCUUGAGCUGCAGGUGAGUGUGGCUCAGGUCAGUCAGCAACAGAAGGACACAGUGAUCAGACAGCUGGCUGCACUUCUGCAUGUGUUGGACUCAGACAUCGCACUCAAGGCUCUACAUGGACAGUCUGACAUCAGCACAGUAUUCAGGUUCUCAGUGCAGGGUCCUGAUGGUUUGAUCCCUGGCCCUAAACUUGCUCGUCUGCUGAGAAACCAGCUGUUGAGAGAGAAAACAGACUUCUUGCUCUUUAGGGUCUUAAGAGUGGACACAGUCAUGUGUUUGCUGCUGUGUUCUGGGCGUGGUCAGUGUGACCCCAUUACAAAGAGCUGUUCCUGUGACCCUCUGUGGAUGGAGAACCCCAUCCGCCGUUUCCUCGAUGAUGGAGAGAGCAAUUGUGACUGGAGUGUGCUGUAUGUCACAAUCUCUUGUUUCGUGACAAUCAUUUUCCUCUUGUCCAUCAGCUGGAUCUGCAUCUGCUGCUGUAAAAGGGAGAAACGUACCAAAGUCAGAAAGAAAACCAAGUACACAAUACUGGACAAUAUGGAUGAACAGGAGAGGAUGGAGCUUCAGCCAAAGUACAACAUUAAACACAGAAGCACAGAGCACAACUCUAGCCUGAUGAUGUCAGAAUCAGAGCUGGACAGUGAGCAGGACAACAUUUACAAUUACGGAAGAGUCCAAAAAGCUCAUAACAGAAUCAGAAACGGAGAUACUCUCAGCCUUUGCCCUGUGGAGAGCUGAGUCGCAUGGACAAAAGGACAUUUCUUCAUGAUGAAUAUUUACAGCACAGGGGUAUUGCUGAAUUUCCCACUAAUACAAAGACUGACUGAAUUGAAUGAGUGGCAAAACUUACUGACCACUGAAUUCAGUUGGUCUUGUAAAAGCAACAACAAAACUGGUUUGCAGUAUGAUACAUACGGACUUUAAUUACUAAUAGCAUAAUCUGUUUCAAUAUAGAAAAGCCUGUGCAUUCAACGUGUUAUGCGUUUAAAAGUGCUUGUAUGUUCAAGAAUGCAUUAUUUUGUUAUUUCUAAGAUGCUCCGAUUAUAACCUUUGGGGAGAAUCUGCAAAAUAACUGAUACAUAUAAAAGCAAAAUGAAAAAAAUAAUGCUGUUCUUUAUGCAAAAUCCUUUUAUUUGUACUGAACUGUAUGAAUUUUAAUGUGCCUGACUGAAAUGCUCUCUUGUUGUUAUAGUUUGUUGAUAUUUUGGUCUUGUCCUUGAUUCUGAACACUGCACCGUGUCUUUUAGCGGUCUGAUUUUACAAACUUUAAAAAUGUCUGCUUUAGCUGGAAUAGCAAUCAAAGCCAUUUGUAUCAGACAUAUUAUUUUCGUUUGUUUUAAUGCAGCUGGAGAUGCACACAAAUAUUAAAUAAUAAAAAAUACAGGCUUUUA